AUGACAACCGUCGCAAAUACCGCGCUUCCAGAUGUUGAUAUGGACCCUCUUGGUAAAGAGAGGGAGAUCAAUGCUGCCGACGUUGACGACAACACAGAGCCUCAUUUAGACUACGGGUCACAACCUCUCGCACAUCAGAACGCUCAAAAACGCUAUGAGCGCUUAAUAGCUAUCAGACUAGCCCUUCAGUUCAUGCUCCAACUGCGCACUGCAAGAACGAACCUCUACAAUCACACUCCUGACUACGAUAGUACGCGGGCAACUUACAACCAGAGCAUGGACUACUUGGUCGAGGAGUUGGAGAAAAUCUCAAGGCUAAUUAGCAAGUUGAUGAUAGAAAGUGUCCCCUGGGGUACCACUAUCCCAGAAGCUGAUCAGCCACGGAAGGAGGAGCUGAAUCGCCGCUUGGGCGAGCUUAUACAUACUUACAGGAUAGGCGAUGUGCAUGUACCAGACUUCAUCACUUCUUACAUUCAACUAAUCUCAGAGUACAAGCUGGGUCCCUCCUCCGAGCGCUAUGCCGAGAUGAUGAGAGUUUUCUCCGAUGUGACACACAACACACCCAUGGCCGUCAUGUGCGAGAAUGCGUUCUACACGAUAGCCAACAUCAUUUACCGACAUGGGAAUGAUGUUGACGCUGCCAGGUUGCAAGAGUUCUUAUCGAGGAUGGUUCUGAUUGAUUCCUUUCCCAAGUCUCGUGUGCGUUGGUUCACUGCCAAUGUCAACGACGUUCGCAUCGCUAUUCCAAGCACCAAGAACGCUUACUUGCUGACUGCCUUGGUGCGAACCACUCUGAUGAAUCGGCAACAGACCAUUGCCGAGGCAUAUGCCACCGCUUUCUUCCGUCUCCAAGCCGAACGACAUAUACCUGGGGAAUUCAAGUGGUAUCUUAUCGCUUGUUUUCUACAAGGCUACGGUGAGUGGGCCACCUGGGCUGCCGGAAAGCGCUGGCUCGAGGUUGCAGUCAUGUGGGCUGUUGACAUAUGGCAAAGAUAUGAAUAUAUGUUGGGCCGUGUGGUUUUACGAAUGCUCGAUUUCUGCGUCGCUUGCGACUGCCCCGAUGAGUACGAGAUGAUUUUGCAAGCUGCAAUUGCAUCAAGUUUACCCCUGCCCACCAUUGAUACCUCCAAGGCAUUGAAGUUCUCCGAAAGGAUGAGUCAAAUCCGCCUCGACUGGAUCAGACGAAUAAGAGAGGUUCAAGGAGAUGCAGGAAUCCCGAAGAGAAUUACGGUGGACAACAUCCGGCACUUCCAACAGUUACUAGCUGGGAAAUUCGAUGGUGGCAGAAAAAUAACUGGAGCCUCGUAUGAUCCCAUUGAAUCGAAGUUGAUAUCAGAUAAUGCAGUGCAAUUAGAGAGAAAGAUGGGGCUCGGAGCUAUUGAAAAACGACUUCCUCUAAACAACAUUGACAGCCAAGACAUGGCCGAAGCCGAGGCCGACAGCAACGUCGCUGAAUCGUUCUAUCCCAUAUCCGGACCAUUAGAGCCACUAGCACGAACGCAGGAAGAAGGUGCCGAAUUUACUACGCCAUUCUUUCCUACGUCCCAGCCUACGUUUCCGACACAAUCAGGGGCCUGGCAGAGUUCUGAUCUAGCGGUCCCUGCCGUCGCAUCGGCCUCCUCAGCGGUUAACGCCGAUAUUGAACACAAACAUUCGCCAGAUCCGACUCCACAACAGUACGACAGAACCUUCUCCACGCAACCGCAUGCAGAAGGAGUUCCCUCCAACCGAAGAGGGUAUUCAAGUCUAGCAUGGCCAUUCGAUGGUGUCUACCACUACGUUGCGAAGCUUCAGAGAGCAGACGAGAAAGCUGUAGAGCUUGAACGCAAAUUGAGCGAAGCCAAAACCAAGCUAGCCAUUGCAGGAGAAAUGGCGGGAAGAGUCGCAGGGCUCGAACGCGAAUUGAGUGAAGCGGAGGCUAAGCUAGCCAGUGCAGGAGAAACGGCGGAAAGAGUCGCAGGGCUCGAACGUAAAUUGAGCGAAGCCGAGACCAAGCUAGCCAUUACAGGAGAAAGGGCGGAAAGAGUCGCAGGGCUCGAACGCGAAUUGAGUGAAGCGGGGGCUAAGCUAGCCAGUGCAGAAGAAAUGGCAGAUGUGAAUCGCCAACGUCAAAAAACAUUACGGGACGAGCACGAAAAUACCAUCAUAAAACACAAAGGUAUACUGCAACGAGCCAAGGAAGAGCACGCAGCCACUCUCAGAAAAUUAAAAAUGCAACAUGACUAUCGAAGAAGACUGCGCUAA